AUGCGUACCGCAACGGAUUUAAUUGUGCUCUCUUCGUCCCCAGAAAGCAGUGCAAUUUGUAUUCCGCCGCUGUCGCUAGCAGAUGCGAAGACAACAUCGCUGCGUGACCCGUCUAUAUCUCCGUCACCUUCGCUGUCUAAAUCCUCUCGGCCUCCGACGCGCUCGAGAUUCUUUUCCACACCUCCAUACAGUCAAACCAAGACAGCAGACCGAAUAACUCAGGGACCGCUAAAAAAGAAGGAAACAGCGGCAGAUGCGAAUCCAAUUACUUUGGAGGAUAAACCGAAGUCCAGAGGACGAAAGCCUAAAUUUGCGCCGCAAACGGAAGUGCAGGGCCUAAUUCAUGGUGAUGCGGAAAAUAAGGAAAAUGCGCCAACGAAGCCCAAAAGGACCAGGAAGAAAAAGGAAGAAAGUAGAGCUGGAGGCGAUAAAUUGAAGAAUAAAACGAUAACUGGGAAGGUCACCAAGUCUGGGCGCUUGAAGACAAAGACAUCUGGCGCGAAGCCGGUUGAUGGUGAAAAGACUACGCGAGAACGAAGUGCUGGAAAGGAAGACACGCACAGCAGCUGUGAGAAGGAUGAGGGACAUGACUUACAACUAGAGAUCGCUAUGAAGAGAAGGAUGGAUUGGACUCCGACGAAGAAACCAGCUAAUUCACCUAUUGAUUUGGGGGGUCAGGAUGACACUGCAAAUGGACCAAAGGGCCUCGGUAUAUUGCUUUCCGAGUAUGAAUUUAGUGGUACGGGUACAACAAUGGUCAGAGAUCAGGCAUUUGGAGAUAGUGAACCGACGAAGCGUCGUCAAAUAGAGCUUGUGGAUCACAGGGUACUACCAGUAAAGCCGAAGCCCUUACACGAAGACAACGUUGCUCAUGAUAGUGAGAUGGACGCCUCACUAUCUGCAGUUUCCAAGCCCAGCAAAAAGCCAAAGCCGAAGACAAAACGGUUGACAACUUUGACUGCUCGUGUGACAGCCUCCUACUCCGAGAUAUCUAGGAGUCGCUCAGAUCCAAACGAUCAAGCGGUUUUGAUCACUGCGGAAAACACAACAGGAGCGAAAUCGAAAAGCCGCAAAAAAAAGACGGCGGACGAAAAUCCGGCGUUCAAUAUACCCAGAACAGUAUGCCCCCCGGAGGAGGCGUCUAAGUCGUUAGACCAGCAGGUCCUGGUCUUUGGAACAUGCAGCCAGCUCGAGCGAGAAGAUUCUCCCACUUUGCUUAAAGACACACAGGUCGCACUCCAGGAGUCAGAGAAGGAGUCAGCAAGGCACCCGUGCCUAUCUUCAGGGAUUGCGCGCCAAUCCUCUGCUGUACUGCGGUUUGCAACGCGAAGGAACCUGUGGUCGGUUGCGGCGAGGGAUGCAGAAGGACAGGUAGCUGAUGUUGAAGUUGUAAACCUUGUGGACUCACCCGAAACAACUAAAUCCAUUACCUUGCCCCUCGACGGUGACAAGGAAAAAUAUAAGGCACUGAGCUCACCUGAUGCAUCUAUACAAAUCGCCUCGUCUUUGGACGAUGAGGAAAGGAAUGAUGGGAAUGGGAGCGCAGCUACUGGAACGAGCAGUUUAUCAGACAUGCUAGCGGCAAAGUGCUCGACAUCGAUCGAUGGCACCCUGAACUACGAGUUAGCCGCGACGAAAAGCUAUACUGUUGAACAACCGGCUUGUAAGAAGCCAAAAGCUACACAUCAGCAAUCAAUGCCUUCCUAUCAGGGGAAAACGGACCUUCAAUUGGCGUCCGAGGUCCAGAGCUACGGAUUUAAGCCGCUCAAAAAUCGCCAGAAAAACAUCGAACUCCUUGAGAAGUGCUGGCUAGCUAAACAGGGACCAGCCACCCAUGUCGCUAGCGAAGAGACAGCGACAAAUCCUUCUGCAUCUGAAGCGAACAUGACCGAGGAAGAGGCAAAGCAAUCCGAAUCAGCAACCCAAAAAAGAACAACGAAAGCACGGCCUCAACCACAAUCAACAAAGGACAACUGUGAUACGACCACAAAUGCUGCAGCAAUGGACGAGAACAAACAACCUAGCCUAAGCCCUAGACCGAAAUCGAGGCCGCAACAUCAACCUCCUCUCAAACGCUCCUAUAUGGAGGUCGAAGAAAUCGAAGACUCAGAAGACGAAUCUCUCCCCUCCCCAACUGCGCUCCUGAGCCAGUUCAUACGCAGUCCGCCUCAAAAAGAAGAAAAGGCCAACAAGAACAAGAAGCAGAAACAGAAACACCAGGAACUACACACCUCUACCAUACCGUCGAGUCUGAGCCCAUCAGCAUCUGCUCCUCUAUCGUCUCGACUACAGUCGCGGCAAUUCAAGGCCGCACAAACCAAAGCAGCUCUACCUGCAAAUAGCGUUCUCCCCGACUUAGGCGAACAGAUCACGAAGGCCGUGCGUGCCCAGCCACGACAAAGUCUAAGCCAAAGUCCCGACGGUAGGAAACGGUUUAGCUGGCAUGAGAAAAUCCUCAUGUAUGAUCCUAUCUGCCUUGAAGACUUCACUGCCUGGUUGAAUACCGAGGGACUUGCUCUUGUCAAUGAGGAUAGGGAAGUUACCCCUGGGUUCGUUCGUCAGUGGUGUGAGUCUAAGGGUAUUUGCUGCUGUUUUAGGGUUAGGAAGACGGCUGGGCAUUUUUAG